UUCACAGAAACCAGAUGGUCGACAGCGGAAGAGAAUAACUUUAUUCUCCGAGACCCCAGAGUCCCAGAGCACAAAAGAGGCGGUUGCUUUAGAGACCAAUAGACGAAGCUGUCAGGUGUCGAAAGGCCAGCAAUUAGAUAAGGCCCAAGGUGCUCAUUUGGAGAGUAUUGACUGGAGUAAACGUACAUGGCAUCCAAGUACUUUCCAUGAUGAUUACUGUGUGCCACAGAGCAUUCAGUGGGCAAAGGACGAUGGACAGGAUGGAGACAACGUUCCUUUAAAUGAUUUAUGGAGCCAAGGACUGCUAUUCAUUCCCAAACGUGCAAUCAAGAUUAAAGGAAGAUGGGAAUGGCUUGGUGUUGAGGUAAUAGGCCCUCUGCCAGUCACUCAAAGAGGACACAAGUUUGUCUUGUCAGUGAUGGACUUCUACUCUAGAUGGGUCGAGGUCUAUCCCAUGAAAACAUGCAACAGUGAGGAGAUUGCCCAGAACGUCUACGACCUGGUCUCUCGCAUGGGUUAUCCCUAUGGCUUCCUCUCCAGGAUUAGCCCAAGAUGCCUUAAAGAGAUUAACAGUGCUUUGUGUAAACUUGUAAGACUGGAGGCAACCUUCAUACUCCACCAUCCUCAGACUGGCUCUUUGGAUCAGACCACAAAGACACUCAUAGAUAAGAUGGUGUUUGACUUGUCGAAGGAGCACCCUGAUGGCUGGGACGUGUGCCUCCCUGCCUCUGUGUACCGCAUGUGCUGCAGUGUGAACCCAAGUACCUGCCAGAGACCCCUGUCCCUGCUCCACAGCAAAGCUGCCCUGCCACUCAUGAAGAAGCCCAGGCUGUUGAUGGUGGAUGGUGGUGACAUAAGCAAGUUCACCUUUGUGCUCCUGGAGCCCCAGGCCCCUGGCAGUGCCGUGCAGCUUCAGUGCGAAGAGUGCCGCCAUUGGAGCCAGAUCACCCAGCCCGUGGAGAUCAAAGGAUAUGAGGACAUGAGGCUCAAGGAUGAGGAGUACACCUACACCUGCCCUAGCUGCAGAGUCAUCCUGGACGAGACGGCCAGAAGAACAGGAGAGGGCGUUACAGAGGAGGAGAGGGGAGCAGUCAGCGAAAGAACCGCAGGAGAUACAGGGGCAAAGGGGAUGAAACGGGAGGAGAGAAGUGUGUGGAGAAAUGACGAGGGCGAGGAAACGAGCGGAAGAGAAAGUGGAAAAGGUGAAGGUGGAGCGAUGAGCGCGAAAAAGAAUGCAGGUGCAGCAGGACAGACGAUGAGGAAGAACACAACGGCUGAGGAAGGGGCGGAUGAAGAUGUCAGAGCGGCAACAGGAUUAGAAAGAAAGUGUAGAAGGGGACGGCCGCCGCUUAAAGAAAGACCUGCAGUUAAAGCAUUAGAAGGAAUGGUUUCAGACAAACAUAAAGCACCUCGGAAAUGUGUCAGAUUGCAGUUGGGUAAAACACGUGGGAGAGGCAGACCUCGACGCACAGAGAGUCUCAUCAAAGCGGGGGCACUUUUACAAGAAGGGGAUGAUGGAGAGAGAACACAGGGACAAUAAAGCCAUUGAACUUUAAAAGGCAUAAAUGGAUGGGCUGGAAGAACUGUGUGUAGGCGAAAGAGGCAGUUCUAAUCACAGGAAAGUAGUUUGGGCAUCCACAGAGAAUUGUGCUGUAGACACUGUUGAAGAUACAGAAAGAAUUGUGUUGUUAAAACACUAUGAAAUAUCAAGUGAAGAAAAAAGUACCACUGUGAAGAAAUAUCACCAUAAAUCUGAACAUGAAUACAUGCAAAUGGGUGUGAGAAAAUAAUAGAUAGACAGAGACACUUCAAAGACUGUUUAUUUUGGGUAAACAUGAUGGUGUGAUGUAGCCUAAUAUUAAUUCACUUCCCCAUACUAUCCUUCUUCGGAGGCAAACACUUAAUAAAAUAAACUGGAAAUAAACUAGUGCCAUGUUUAAUGAA